AUGGAAGAAGAAACAGAAAACCCAGAAAACCCAUUUCCAGCAGAAGUUUGUCUUUUUGAAGAGACUUUCUCCAACGACAGUGUUUACAGAGUGGGAGGACAGGACCUGCUCAUCAGGCAGAGGUUCGGGGGAGACCUGGGGGUCUCUGCAGCAGUCUGGGACUCGGCUGUACAGUUGAGUGAGUUCCUGCAGAGUUUGGAGCUAAAAGGAAAACGAGUGAUUGAACUGGGAUCUGGAACUGGACUGGUGGGAAUCUGUGCUGCACGCCUGGGCGCAGCCGUGACCCUCACAGACCUGCCCCGGGUCCUGCCUCAGCUGCAGCAUAAUGUGAGUGCUAAUGCGCCCCCUGGUGGCUGGAGGCUGACCCCCGCAGUGCGGCCUCUGUCCUGGGGUGAGGACCAGCAUGUGUUCCCCCCGCAGUGGGACCUGGUGCUGGGGGCAGACAUCGUGUACCUCCCCCACACGUUCCCGUCUCUGCUGGACACGCUGCUGCACCUCUGCGGCCGCUCCACGCUGCUCCUGCUCUGCUCCAAGAUGAGACGCGAACACAUGACGCACACGUUUUAUGAUCAGUACCUGCGGCGAGAGUUCCAGGUGGAGCUGCUGCGGCAAGACCCAGAGCAGAACAUCAACAUCUACACGGCUGCUCUGUGGACCUAG